CACAUCGGUACUCUCUCCCUCCACCUGGACGUAUCUUCUCAGUAAGGUCAGGACAUCCGCUGCUGGGACGUGAGGGUUGUACAUCUGGAUUGUUACAACCCGACUCCUCUGCACAGGAAGCACACAUAACGGGACCUCCGGCAAGUUGGAGAACUUCAGGAAGAAGACUUUAGAAGUUGGUCUUUCCUCAACAGUUCCCUCCAAGUCACUCACCAUCCUGCCUGAGAAAGAGAUCGCAGUUCCCUCAGUGUGGCUGGGUUAAACUCCCUCUCUCAGUUGAUCACCGCCUUCUCAAGGGCAUCUCAGGGUGAGCAAUAAAAGCUGGCACAAUCAGCGGUGCCCACAUCCCGCGAAUAAAUAUCCCCUGUCAUAAAACGCUUAUCACUCAGUGGUCGACCAAUCCUUUACACGGUUUCACUUUCUGGCCCGCCCAUUUAUUCUCUCCAUUUUGAAAUCAUUUCCCUUUCUCUUUGGAGAGCGGCUGGAGUUUCUCUGCUUGUGUUGAGGGUCAGUAAGUCCACAUUAAGGAGGCGGCCCUGGUGCUGGUUUUGUUGCUGAGCAGAGCUCACAGACUUGCUGAGAAUAAACUGGGACAAGGUGCUCGCUGCAGCUUCUGGAUGCCAACCCAGCGACAUAGGAACUAGCUGCUGACCAAGCCCGUGGGUUCAGGAUGCCUUCACCUCCCCAGGAUAUGGGUUAACAAGGAUUUUCUUUGAGGUAAUCAAUUAAAUCUGUGCAAAGAUGAACAGAAGAUGUAUCAGUGUUGUGUUCCUAUUCUGUAUUCUUCAAAUUGCAAAGCCAGAGACGUUUGAUGUCAUUGGAUUAGAUGAACCCAUUAUAGUCACUGUCGGUGAUGAUGCUGUAUUACCAUGCCAUGUGGUACCAAGUACAUCUUUGGAAGAUCUGGAAGUUCGAUGGUUUAAGUUAGACUUUACUACACCAGUCCAUUUAUACGCUGGUAAACAGGAUCGUCCUGAUCUGCAGGAUAAGGAUUACCGAGAGAGGACUGAACUUUUUAAAAAUGAGUUUCCCCAUGGAAAUGCUUCUCUGAAACUGAAGAAAGUAAAAGCAUCAGAUGAAGGGAUCUACACAUGUUUUAUUGACUUCAAGUCAAGCUAUGAGGAAGCAGUGAUAAAUCUCAAAAUUGGAGGUAUUGGACAGCCGCCUUGGAUUCACUUGAAGGGAACCAGUAACAAAGGAGUUCGUCUUGUAUGUAAAUCAGAUGGGUGGUAUCCUGAACCAAGUGUGCAGUGGCUAGAUGGAAAUCAAAAAGCUGCGAAUGCAAAACCUGAAACAACUCACCAAAAAGAUAGCAAUGGCCUUUUUACUGUUUUAACUCAAAUUGAUGUAACAAGUGACUCCAUGAACAGAUUCUCCUGUCUAAUGCAAAACAAUUUAUUGAACAAAGCAAAAGAAGCCCGUCUUCAGAUACCAGAAAUAUUCUUUCCCAAGAUCAACGUGUGGCUGAUAGUUUUCUGGGUGUUUGUAGCCCUUGUGAUUAUUAUUAUCAUUCUUGAAAUAAUGUUCCACAGAAGAAACCGUAAAAGGAUCAAAGAGCUGCAACUGUUUUGCAUUUUGGAAGGUUAUAAAAACAUGGAAAUCAAUUAUCCCUCUGUAACAUUGGUUAAGAAAACCGACUAUCAAGAAGUUGAAGUGUCUGAGGAUCUGAAGAGUGUAAGAUGGACUGGGAAAAGUCAACCUAAUGCUGAGAAGGGGCUUAAAGACCGGUCCUAUGUGCUGGGAACAGAAGGAUUCACAUCAGGGAGACAUUACUGGGAAGUGGAGGUGAUUGGGAAAGGCGAGUGGAAUCUGGGCAUCGUUUCAGACUCUGUGAAUUGGGAGGAAGAGAUUGAACUGAAACCUGAGAAUGGAUUCUGGACCAUUGGAUGGCUGGGAAAUAAUCUGGUCGUGAAUACCUCUGACAGUCCUCGUCAAUCUAUUGGUGAUGUACCAAAGAAGAUUGGUGUUUAUCUCAGUUAUGAGUCUCAGUCAGUUUCAUUUUUCAAUGCAGACACAAAAUCUCAUCUCUACACAUUUCAUGGAAUCAAAUUCCCACAAAAACUUUAUCCAAUAUUGCAAACUUCAGAAAAUACAAGUCUGAAAAUCUGUCCCAAUUCAAUGAAAGGUUCAAUAGUAUUGAAAUAUUGAAGCCCAUGCUUUAACUUGCAAAUUGGACAUGGCAGGAAUAUAAAAGUGAUGGUAUUGCUUUGGACAUUUAUUCUAUGUGACCCUAUAUUAACUUCCAUUAACUUGAGUAAAGUUGAAUAUCAGGCAUCUGAUAAUGGAUAAUAUGUUUCACUAAUUUGGUUCCUUGUUAUGUUUAAUUUUAUCCCAUUCAAUCAACAGGACUCAUGAACUGAUAAUGUGUUUAUUACAUAAUAGAUAAUUAUAUAAAGCAGUGAACCUAGAAAUAAGAAGGCCAUUCAGCCUGCAAGAAUAUUACUAUCCAUUCAGGUCAAGAUUGCUCUGCUAUUUGAAUUUCCAAAUAUUUGUCUUUGCACGAAAUCCCUUAAAACAUUGGAAAACAAAAAUCCAUUCAUAUAAAAUUUGAAUAGUGCUGAAAAAAAAACAUAUUUAGACAAAAUAUUCUGAUUUGCACUCACCAGGGGAAUUUGCAAGAAUAUCAGUUCAAAGGGAAAACCAACAUUAUGUUGCAUGAGAAGAGAAUGCUGAUUUGUCUAUAAUUGAUUUAGCACCAGCUGCCAUUGGUGAGAACCUUCCAAACUUCUGUCCUUUGCAUGUUUCCUAAUUUCACUCCUAAGUGAUCUGGCUCUGUUUUUAGACCUUGCCACUUUGUCCUAGCCUCUUCCAGAUUUAUUUUUCACUUAUUACAUUCCUUGAACAAAACCCCACUUUAUCCAACAUAUUUCCAGGGAAUGCAGCCCUCAUUUGUAUUUUUCUUGCUUCUAUGUUAAGCCUUGAAAUUCAGCAAAAUCCACCUUAACACUUAGAAGCAGUCAGAGCACUGCAAGUCUGUUCUAACCUGAACUUUAUAUAGCUGAAGUAUGACAUUACUUUCUCAUGUUAUAGUCCUCUAGAUUUAAAGACUGGCAUUCCAUUGGUUUUCAUGAUUAUUUUGUAUACUUGUCAAAGGUCCUAGGUCCUAAGGAGUGUUGCUGAACAAAGAGACCUUGGAGUGCAGGUUCAUAGCUCCUUGAAAGUAGAGUUGCAGGU